GUUUCAGUUUAAUUUUUUUUUUAAUAAUUUUAUCAUAGGUAUUUGGUAGAAACUUGAAAUUAAAAUAAUUACGAAAUUAUUUUAAUAAAGUAUCUACUUAUUCUGUUUGCCGCAAAAAUCUACUGUUGUUAUACCAAUAAAUAUAUUAAGUAAUAAUAGAUUGACGAUUGCUAUGUUCAUUUAACAACCCAAAAAAUGAAAGAAAAAAUAGAAGAAACAUAUGAUAAAUCAAAUUCAACAAAAUCUACUAAGCUGAGUGCAGUGAAUAAUAAAAUAUGUUGUAAGAAUGCUAGUCGAGUGGAAGGCAGAGAUGCAGCUAGCUGUACAGGAUCACAACUUCUGGAUACUGUAACUGAAAUGCUUCAGCAAUUACACAUUACACCUGAAUCUGAACGGAAUGGCACACCAAGAAGCAAUUCUAAAGAAAAUUAUUUAUUUACUGACAAACUAAAGCAACCAUGUUACAAAAUUCCAGCAAUAAAAGUUAAUAGUGAUCAAGAGAAAUAUAUUACAAGUAAUAGAAAUGUAGUAAAUGAAACUGAAAAUGGUGCUGUAGUAAAGUCUCAAAAUGGAUUCCCGGACAAUCAAAAGGAGAUGGACUCCCUAAAUUCAGUCACAAGUACAACACAUGCUUUAGCACCAAUAAAUAGAAUCUCUUUAGUGGAGUCAAGUCAUACAAUUUUAAAAGCAUCAUUAUUGUCAAAAGUUUUGCAAGACCGUAAAGAUAUUUCGAACACUGGAAAUGCUAUGUCGUCUGAUAUCUUUUAUUUUAAAGCUCCCGCACAGUUAUACUCUAAACCGAAGGCUUCCAAAACAAUAUUGAAUUGGACACCCACAACAAAUUCUGCAUCUAAAACGAUAUCUUUAGCCAGCACAGUGCCACAAACUGAAACUUUCAAGUCUGCUUCUAAAUUAGAGUUAGGAGAUCAAAAAAAGCAAACUUCACUAACUAAUUCAACAUCUGUAUCUCAAAUGAUGCCUAGGAGUCCAAUUAUAACAUCUUCAAAAUUUGAGAUCUCUUCAGGAGCACCAAGCUUACCUUGUGAAACAUCCACACAAGAAAUUUCUCCAAAUAAAACUCGAAAACUUAUAAAAAAAGCAGUAAGACAUGUAACUACUUCAGUAUCUUCCUCAGUGUUUUGUUCUCCAAUUAUUGGAUCUUCCUUAUUAAAUUCACCAGCAGCAAGUUGUGAAGUUAAAACAAGUAUUCCUAAAUUCCACACAGCUCAGCCAAACAUGACAGAUUUUGAAGGCCAAACUACAACUGUGAAUUCAAAUGCUACUACAAUAAUGUCAUCUAUAUGUGAGAAUACAAGAAGUGUAUUCAAUAAGACAGCAUUGAUGGCUAUGUUUGAUGGUUCUCAGAAGUUAUUUGGAACAUCUACGUUACAAAUUCCCAUAUCCACUGUCAAAAACUCUCAAGUUUCUUCUUUUCCAUUUAGAAAUAAAUAUGCUGCGUCUUUUGAACUGUCAUCAAAGAAAUCAUCAUGUUCUCAAAAGAAAUUACAGAAGAAUUCACUCAUAGCAAGUACUGAAUUCAAGAUGAUGAUACCCACUUUCUGUAAAGCUCAAGGAAAUGCUACUUCUGUGUGCGUGUUUGGAGGUCAAGAAACCCUAGCAUCUAUGUUUGAUCAAACCUCCACGUCUCAAAAUAUAUUUAAAAUUUCACCAAAAUCGACGGCAUAUACAUUUGAUAAGACAGAGAACUCAACACUUCAGUUUACAAUUGGCGCGCCUCCAUCGGCAUUUUUGGCCAAAUUGCCAGCACAACAACAAGUGACCAGUACAACUAAUAUACUCCAAAAGAAAAUCAAUUUGUACCAAUACAAAGAUUAUAAAGGUGCCUUAGCCAUGUUUGACGAUGCAAUACGAUUAUGUCCAGAUAAUCACACAUUCUACACAAUCAGAGCUCUUUAUUACAUGAAGCUAGGGAUGUAUAAAGAAGCAAUAAAAGAUGUACAGAAAGUGAUCAUAUACGAUCCCAGCUUCAUUGACGCUUAUAUUUGCUUGGCUAAAUCCUAUCUUGCCUUAGGUGACAUAUCUGCCGCCGAUGACGCUAUCAGCAAGGCUCGCGCGGCGUGCGGGGAAGCCGAGGGCGAGCGCGCGAGUGAGGCGCUGCGCGAGUUGCGUACCCUGCACGUCGACACGCAGCGCGCCAUCGCGGCCCAGGACUACGCUCGUGCCGUGGCCUCUUGCGAAAGAUUUCUCGAACUGUGCCCUGCAAACAACACAAAAGCUACAAAAGCUAAAUGCUUGGCGAUGCUUGGGAAAAUUGAGCAAGCAUUGGACAUAGCAGAAGAAUGCCUGCGACACCAUGCCACAGAGCCGGAAGCUCUGUAUGUCAAAGGACUGUGUCUCUAUUAUAGUUUCCAAUUACAACAAGCAGUGGACUAUUUCCAUCAAGUUAUAUCGGUUUUUCCAUUACAUUUGGGGGCAGUUGAUUCAUUGGAGAAAGCUAACAGGAUCCAACGUUUUGAAGAAGAAAGUACGAAAAAUUAUAAUGAGGGUGAUUACGAAAAAGUUAUAACAAUAAAUAAUGACGCACUGAAAAUUGAUAAAACUAAUAAAGAACACAACGUCAGACUGUAUUGUAGCAAUGCAGCUAUUUAUACAAGAUUAAAUAAAAUACAGUUAGCGCUCGACGCGUACACGGCUGCUCUGGAAGUUAAUACGAACUGCGUGACAGCUCGCAAAAACCGCGCCAAAUGCUAUACACAACUUGGUCAAUACGAAAACGCUGUUAGCGACUACGAAAAGGUCUACAAAAUUGAUAAAAGUGUAUUACACGAAGAAUUACUAAACAAAGCCAAGGCGUUAGUGCAAGAAAAAGAAAAAGCUUACAGAGAAAUGGUUUCGUCGGUUGAGAGUUUGGUCCGCGAGCACAAAUUUCAAGAAGCCCAGAAGCUAGCCGACGAGUGCCUGCAAAUCCGUUGUUCUGAUACAGAUGUUCUUUACUCCAAAGGAUUGUGCUUUUAUUAUACGGGUCAAUAUGAAAAAGCAAUGGAGUAUUUUAAAAAAGUAUUAAAUAUCGACCCUCGUACACAUCGCAAGGCAUUCCCACAGUUUAAAAAAACAAAAUCGAUUAAAGUUACUAUAAAACAAGGUGAUGACUUAUUUAAUUCCAACCGAUGGAUCGAUGCUCGAUGUAAAUACAAAGACGCGAAAUUAAUUGAUGAAGAGAAUUGGAAUCUCUCCCUUAGAAUGCAUUGUAGAAUGGCCGAGACGUACUUAAAAACAAAUGAAAUAUGUGCCGCUAUUGCUGAAUAUACAUCCGCUCUGAAAUUUGACAAUACUUGUGUAGAAGUGCUGCGUGAACGCGCUAAAUGGUAUAGCAAUUGCGAGCUAUACGAAAAGGCUAUUCAAGAUUAUCUAACCAUAUACGCCAUUGAUGAUUGUGAAAAAACUAAGCAGUCUACUCUAAACUUUAUAAAAAUCCUCAAAGAAAACAAUGCUUACAAGAAAAAAAUUAAGAAUGCAGAGUCGUUGAUCAGAACCCCUGCAACUGAGAAUGUGGAACUUGCUCUGAAACUUGCAGAAGAAUGUCUGGAAUUCGACAGUUCCGACACAAAAGCGCUUUGUGUUAAAGGAUUGUGCCUCUAUUAUAAGGAUCUAUAUGAACAAGCGCUAGAUCUAUUUCAACAGAUAUUACGACUUAGACCAUCGCAUUCAACUGCGCUCAAGGAAACAAAAAAGAUUAAAUGCCUCAUGCGUACAUUAGAGAAAGGUAACGAUGCAUUUAAAAAUCGCCGUUGGCAUGACGCCUUAGAUAGUUUUAAUGAAGCAUUAACCAUUGAUGUGUUUCAUAAGAAUUUUAACGUUAGACUGCAUUGCAAAAAGGCCGUAAUAUACUAUGAACUAAAAGAUCUACAAUCAGCGAUUAACGAAUAUACGAGUGCUCUGGAAUUGGAUAAUAACUGUGUCGAAGCACUCCAUGAGCGCGCUCAGUGCUACAGCAAGGUUUAUCGAUAUGAAAAUGCUAUUGAAGAUUAUGAAAAAAUACACGUAAUCGAUAAGAACGAAAUAAAUAAACUAUGCGCACGUAGCUCCAUAGAACUUCUUAAGGGGAAGAUUUUUUAUAGAGAAAAACUGAGGCUGGCACGGACUUUGAUUCAGGGUCGUGAAACUGAGAAUGUGAAACGAGCCCUGAAACUUGCGGAAGAAUGUCUGCAAUUCAAUAGUUCUGACACAGAAGCUCUUUGCGUUAAAGGAUUGUGCCUCUAUUAUAAGGAUCAAUAUGAUCAAGCGUUAGAUCAAUUUCAACAAGUAUUAGUACUUGAACCAUGGCAUCCAACGGCGGUCAAGGACACACGAAAGAUUGAAUACCUAAAACGUACAAUAGAGAAAGGUAACGAUUCAUUUUCAAGAGGUCGAUGGCAAGAAGCUUUGGAUAAUUUUAAUAUGGCACUAACGAUUGAUGAAGAUAACAAAAAUCUCAAUGUCAAACUGUACUGUAAAAGGGCAGCGACAGUUAGAUUGAUGGGUGAAAGUAAUAUACAUGCAGCGAUUAGAGACUAUACGAUUGCUUUAGUAUUGGAUAAUAAAUGCGUGGAAGCGCUCCGUGGCCGCGCGCACUGUUACACCGACGUUAAGCAAUACGAAGACGCUAUUAAAGAUUAUGAAAAAUUAUACACAAUUGAUCAAAGCGAAGAAAUUAAACAGUUAUUAAGUAUGGCCAAAACAGCAUACGAUGGACAAAAGUACAGAUUUGCUCAAGGAAAAGCCGAAAUAGGGAAUAAACUAUACAAGCGGAAAAAGUUUAGAGAUGCAUUGGCCAUGUAUAAAGAAGCGAUAAGAUUGGACCCUGAAACUGCCGAAUAUUAUAGCAAAACAUAUUCCUGCUACAUUAACCUGUCGAUAUUAAAAGAAGCAUUAGUUGCCGCUAAAAAAGCGGUUGCUCUUGAUGCCAAACAAAGUCAAAGUUUUGACGGUAUCGCUAAAUGUUAUUUGGCAUUGGGGGAGUUAUCUGGUGCCGAUCGAGCUAUUACUAAAGCGAGUGACGCCGGGUUCGAUUGUACGGACGACCGUCGCGAGCUGGAAACGCUGCGUCGGCUGCACGCGCAGGCUCAGAAAUACGUUGAGGAACAAAACUACGACCGCGCUAUUGCCUGCAUGGACCAAUGUCUUCAAACUAGUCCAUUCUGUUCUAGAGUAAAACUUAUAAAGGCUGAGUGUUUGGCGAUGCUCGGAAAAAUUGAGCAAGCGCUAGAGAUAGCUGAUGAUUGCAUUAGAUUAAAUCAGUCUGACAUAGACGCUCUUUUUGUUAAAGGACUGUGCAUUUACUAUAAUGAAAAACAUGAACAGGCCUUGAAAUAUUUCAAAGAAAUUUUGCGUCUGUCGCCAGAUCACGUGAAAGCUACGGCGGCAUACAAAAAGGCUAAAUUGUUGCAACAGAAGAAAGAACAAGGCAAUGAAGAAUUUAAGAUGGGCCGAUGGCAGAAAGCAUUACUUCUGUACAACGAAGCAUUAGCGGUGGACAUGACGCAUGUUAAAGUUAAUGCCAAAUUGCACUUUAACAAGGCGACAGUAUACUGGAAGCUCAAGCAAACUCAGCUGGCUGCCGACGCUUGCACAUCGGCUCUUGAGUUGGACGAAAGCUAUGUGAAAGCCCUGACUUUACGCGCUACUUGCUUCACUGAACUCAAAGAAUACGAUUGCGUCAUCGAUGACUACGAACAAAUCUACAGAAUAGAUCCCAGCGACGAUAUCAAACAGUUAUUGGAGAAAGCCAAACGGUCCCAAAAUGAGAAAUCGCUAACCAGGAACUAUUAUACUAUUCUAGGCGUCGAUAGAGCUGCGACUAAACCGGACAUCAUACGAGCUUACAGACAACUCUCGCUAGUGCAUCACCCGGACCGGCACUCCGGGCGCUCCACGUUUGAGCGCCAGAGACACGAGCGACGCUUCAAAGAGGUGCUGGAGGCCUACACCACGCUCAGCGACCCGGUCCAGCGUCGCAAAUACGAUGCUAAAUGUCACAAAGUAUGGAAGAAUUACUAGGUCAGAAGUGUUAAAGUGUACGGCCAACUAAAACGCAUUUAAGUCAGUCAGUUUUGUUGUUACUUUGAUAUUAUUAUCAAAAUGUGUGAAAAACAAUUAUUUAAUACUGUAAGUACAAAUAAGUAUACCGAAAUGUGAGUUUAGGUGCCUAUUUCCGAAAAAAAUUAGAUUUAAAACACUAGUGACUUAUUGCUUGUAAAGCGUCUACCUCCGAUUUCAUUGUAUGUAAGUAAUAGAAUAAGAUGUAUCGAAUUUGUAUUGUCCCAUAUUGACAGGAUCAAAAAUGGAUUAAAAAAUAAAUGUACA